AACGACAGGACUUGUCCCGAAAUGUGACGUCAGACAGAAGGACUCACUCGUAGCGAGCGUUGACCGGCGCUGGAUAUCAUUUGCACCGCACCGUUUUGCAAUAAUCUGAGCUCGUGGAAUACGUUCUAAUUUUUUUUACAAGAAUCUCAUUCUGGGUUCAAUGAAGUUGAUAUUGGAAUCUCGUAAUGAGGUGGCUUCUGCCGUGGAUUCUAAUAGUAGCCACCACUCAUCAGGUCUUUUCCCAAUAUUCCACAUCCGUGCCUCCUUUGACGGCGACCAUAGAGCUGUAUAACCGUACAGCGUACUGCAAAUGGCCGUGCAAGUGUGCCAAGAGCGCCCCCCUGUGUCCGCCAGGGGUCAGUGUGCUGAUGGACGGCUGUGACUGUUGUAAGGCCUGUUCCAAGCAGGCGGGGGAGACCUGCAACGAGGCCGACGUCUGUGACUACCAUAAGGGACUGUACUGUGACUACAGCGUGGACAAGCCGAGGUACGAAAAAGGAGUAUGUGCCUACAUGGUGGGCACAGGCUGCGAGUACGACGGAGUGAUCUACCGGAACGGCCAGAGCUUCCAACCCAGCUGUAAGUACCGCUGUCUGUGUGUAAACGGCGCCAUCGGUUGUGUGCCACUCUGCACAGACUCCCAUCCACCCCGGGUGUGGUGCCAGACGCCCAGGCGGGUCAAACUGCCGGGCCGAUGCUGUGAGCAGUGGAUCUGUGACGAGCCCAGGAAGACGCGGAAGGCAGCCCCCGGACAUGCGGAGAUAGUGCGCGCCAGCCACAAUGAGGUCUGGCAUAAGAACUGCAUUACCCAGACCACCUCCUGGUCCCCAUGUUCCAAGACCUGUGGACGUGGCCUGUCCCUCAGGAUCUCCAACGCCAACGACCAGUGUGAGUUGAUCAAGGAGUCACGCCUCUGCAACAUCCGGCCCUGUGACGUCGACAUCACCAAGCACAUCAAGCCAGGGAAGAAGUGUCUGAACAUUUACAGGGAGGAGCAGAGCCAGAACUUCACCAUCUCAGGCUGCAACAGCAAGAAGCCCUACCGUCCAAAAUACUGUGGUGUCUGCAUGGCCACAGACGAUCGCUGCUGCAUCCCUUACAAGUCCAAGACUAUCGAGGUGGAGUUUGAGUGUCCCAACGGCGCCACGCUGACAUGGCAGGUGAUGUGGAUCAACGCCUGCUUCUGUAACCUCAGCUGCAGGAACCCCAACGACAUCUUCUCUGAGCUGGAGCACUACUACGACCACAACGAGGUCAUCAACUGACAACUGAGCAGCCUUGUCCGAGCCUGAACGUACGGCCUAAAGGGCAGGAGACCAUCUCCUGUUUCUGUAGCAUGAGGCAGUUUAGUGUACAAGUACAUCCCCUGGGUAAGACGUUAGUCUGCCGCAGAGCCUUACCCAGAUCCAUCUCCUGUUUCUGUAGCAUGAGGCAGUUUAGUGUACAAGUACAUCCCCUGGGUAAGACGCUAGUCUGCCCCGCAGAGCCUUACCCAAAUCCAUCUCCUUAAUGCUGAAUGCCAAGUGUUUUUACAGUAUUUGGUAUGAUUCAACUGGGGAGACCUGAGCAGAGGACAGGUUAAUUUAGGUUAUUAUUGACUCCAGCUUUACACUCCUUGGAAUAAAGGGAUUGAUGAUUUGUUGGUUAGUGAGAUGUUCAAGCACCAGGCUGGAACAAAGCCUGCACCCCCUUAAGGUCCGCAGGAGUAGGAGGGAAGAACAUUGCAGUUGAACACAAACUCUUCAUUAUGAUCUUGAUUUAAAAAAUAAAUUUUUUAUGCACAGGGUUUAUCAAUUAUUUAACCUCCAUUCAAUGAAGGGAAAAGGGAUGUAGUUGUUUUUCAAUUUUCUUUUAAACAUCUAAAUAUACACUGAGUGUACAAAACAUUAAGUACACCUUCCUAAUAUUGAGUUGCACCCCCCCCCCCCUUUUGCCCUCAGAAGGUGUCAAAAAGUGUUCCACAGGGAUGCUGGCCCAUGUUGACUCCAAUGCUUCCUACUGUUAUGUCAAGUUGGCUGGAUGUCCUUUGGGUGAUGGACCAUUCUUGAUACACACGGGAAACGGUUGAGCGUGAAAAACCCAGCAGCGUUGCAGUUCUUAAUACAAACCGGUGUACCUGGCACCUACUACCAUACCCUGUUUGAUCGAAGGCACUGACAUCUAUUGUCUUACCCAUUCACCCUAAGAAUGGCACACAUACACAAUCCAUGUCUCAAGGCUUAAAAAUCCUUCUUUAACCCGUCUCCUCCACUUCAUCUACACUGAUUGAAGUGGAUUUAACAAGCGACAUCAAUAAGGGAUCAUAGCUUUCACCUGGAUUCACCUGGUCAGUCUGUCAUGGAAUGUUUUGUACACUCAGUAUAUUAGCGGAAGUUGAUCAUGUAUUUGUGAUACCAUAGUAGGACACGGGGGUCAAACCUAUUGUAAUUAUGCAUCAUAUUCAUAUGGGGAUAAUCUACCAAGUUAGGGCAUUAACCACUCGAGUGGUCAUCCUGUUUUAUACUCUUCUGUUUCAUUCUUUUUGUGUCAUGUCAUUAAGCUUGCUAUGUAUGUACUGUUGUGCUCAAAACAUUUAGUCAAGUAUUGAAGUAUUUUGUAGUUUACUGCAAAGUGUACAGUAUAUCAGACAAGAUUCUCUCACAUUUCCUCAGUUUUGCAUUGAUUUCCAUUGACUCUUAGUGAACAAUAGUGUUUUCCUCAAUGUCUGCAUUGUCAAGUCAGUUAUUAUUUGAGCUCUACGAGGUUAAAAGUCUUUUUAUUGAUUGAAAUUUGAUUGAAAUCAGCUCAAUAAGUGUUGUCAUUUAUUUCAUUGGUCAAUACUCUCGUAAACCAUGUACCAUAUCCAUGUCAUCAUAAACAACAAACAAACUCAUCCAGGAAGUCACAUUUGAUUGGUUCAAAUAAAUACAAAGUAUUAAGAUUUGGGUAGUGACACAUCUUUUCAAAUAAAUGUUGUAAAAAUAA